AUGUCAUUUGCCGGACCCAACGCAAUUCGAGAUGGUGUCCGGCCAUCUAACGUACUAUCCAAAGAAGAUGACGGUCUUGUUCAAUACGAGGUAUUCGACUGUGGGCACGCCUAUAUUCCACAAGAGGGCAUGCCUCAGGUGUUCAUCGGUAACAAAUACACAGGUUGUCGUGCCGAGUAUUUUCCGAGACGAGGCCGCCAGCCUGCAAAGUUCCUAUUUUACCAUGGCUAUGAUCCGUCGGUCACAGCAGCUUGCGGCUGUCUCACCAAGAGCCAGCCCAAAACCAUUACGUGCGAUCUCCCGAGGGCGCUGGCAGAGCACGGAGUGGGGCUUGUCAGCCAAAAGAGGCUCGAGACGAAAAUGGCCUCGAUCGUCGUUAUGAAGCUGUUCUUAGGUCUGUAUGUGCCUGAAUCACUACAAGGACCUUUCUUCGAAGAAGAAAAUGAACGGCAGGCGAAGCAAGUUGAGCAAACUGAACGACCAACAUGUGAUAUUGCAUUGAAUCCAGAGUCAGGAGCAGAAGAAGAGGUAGCCCGAGCUCAGGGUGACGGUGAAUAA